CGGGAGGAUGGAGACAAAGUCAUGCGUCGAUCUGAAGAUGGACGCGUCUGAAGGAGGUCUGAAGGAUCUGGUUGCGAGGUGGUUCAUCGGCACUCAGGCACCGCUCGUUCUGCAAAAUGGAAACUUCCCUGACUGGUUUCAAGGCUUCACAGCAAGAAAGCAUGCCGAGGAUCUCCUACAAGAUAAAGCACUCGGCUCGUUCCUCAUUCGCCUCAGUGAUAAAGCCAUCGGCUACGUCCUGUCCUACAAGGGCCUCGGCAGGUGCCGUCAUUUUGUUAUAACCCAGAAUCAAGAUGGACGUUUUGUUGUAGCAGGUGAUUUCCACACCUACGACAGCAUCACCAAGCUGAUAGAGCAUUACAAAGUCAGCCCCAUUCAGCCUUUUGGAGAGUACCUGACAAGCAGUUGUCAUGAGGCAAACACCAGCGAGCUGUACGAUGUGGUGAACUUCAGCAGCAAAGGAAAAUCAGGAGUGAGCGUCCAAGCUCUGAGGAGUCGGUGGGAUCGGAAUAAUGCAGACAUGACUGGAAACAAUCAAAGGAUCCAGCAACACACUGGCGGCGUACACGGCAUAGUUCAACCCCCUGCCUUGCCGCCAAAAUCCCAAAACAGGAAGCUGACUGGAACAGUGUCUGUAGAUGCCAUCUCUCAGCCUCCCGCCGUUCCAAAAAGAGGGGCUCCAUUUGCCUUCUCGCUGAGUGCAUCACAAGGGAGCGAUGCCUCUCACAUUCGCUCUCAGCUGACACCCGUAGGGGGCAGAAGCAAAUCUGUACCAACCAUCUACCAAAACAGCAUCGAUCACAGGGAGGCGACUUAUUUAAACCAACAAAUCAAAACUCCGUCCUUCACCGUCUCUUCAUCUGAUUCCCGGAGUGUCACAUGCCAAACUUAUUCGCUUCACAACUGCGGAGAGCCUUCAAGGUUCAUACGCCCGAGCCAAACGGAGCACACGUCCAGGUCCGACCUGUGGCGCCAGACUUCUGAAGGGCCUGUACGGAGUUCGGCUCCUACGGGAACCAUCAUGUACGCCGAGCUUCAGCGGAAGCCAGCGAGUGUCGUUUUACCAGAUGCCACCUACGAAGAGGUCCCCGACAAGAGCAGUGAUUACGAGGGGAACACGUAUGAGUCGCUGGAGGACAUAAAGACAAAAUUGUCCAAAUCCUCCUGGGGGAAAAAUAACAUAAAGUGGAAGAAAUUCAUCCCAGAUUAUAAGAAGAAAUAAAUAACCCUAAACCAGACAACCAUCAACAGAAAAUGUAUUAAUUCUCAAUUAGAUACAUUACAACGGAAAUUUGUGAUUCAGCGUCUAUGAUUUUUU